AUGGCCGCAAUUGGUCUAAAAGUGGCCUUCCUCGGCCCACCAGCGUCAUUUUCGCACCAGGCUGCGACCGCCGCCUUUAGCAAAAAUUCGGCCAAGUUAAUUCCCUAUGUCUCGUUUGCAGAUGCUUUUGCUGCUGUGCAACAGCAACAAGCGGAUUAUGCCGUGAUUCCCUUCGAGAAUUCCACCAAUGGCUCCGUCGUCCAGACCCUCGAUCUUCUCGCGGACCGUGAGGACCAGUACAAUAGUGUCAAAGUUUGCGGCGAACACUACUUGACUGUACACCAUUGUCUGUUAGUCCGCAAAGGCACAUACCCGGGCGGUUGGUCCUCGUACGAUGGCUCAAUCACCAAGCUAUAUACACACCCUCAGGCCUGGGGUCAAUGUGAAACAUUUCUUUCACAGUCUUUCAAAGGCGUCGAGAGACAGGAUGUGUCGUCGACGUCCAAGGCCGGUGAAAUCGUUGCAAAAGAAACUGAAGAACGAAGCGCAGCCAUUGCCAGCCGCUUUGCAGCAGAAUACCACGGAGCCGAUGUACUCAAAGAAAAUAUUGAGGAUCGAGCAGACAACACCACUCGUUUCUUGAUAUUGAGGAAUGUCCAGGCGAGUCGUUCAGCCCAGUUGGUAUUUGACCAGUCCAAUGUACCAACUAGUACGAAAAAGUCAUUGAUCUCGUUCGCGAUCGAUCACUCUUCGCCCGGAGCAUUGGCAAAUGUACUACUCAUUUUCAAGGCUCAUGGCUUGAAUCUCACGAGCAUAAACUCUCGACCAAGCUUGAGGCGGGCUUGGCAAUAUAUAUUCUUCGUGGAAUGUGGAAGAACGCCCUCUGAUGAGAACAAGAAUGCUGUUACAAUGGCUCUAUCUGACCUUGAAAAGGUCACCGAGUUCUGCCGGGAUCUAGGAACUUGGAAGGACCAACUUGGUGAGAGUGCCUAA